AGUACACCUUCGAUAGUUUCCAUAAUUCCACCUUAUCUUCGUACACUUUCUUAUCCAACCGGCCGUGUCAUUAAACAUUGUUUCUUGUUGUUUGUGUUUUUUUUUAAUUGAUUUUUCACUUAGUGGCCAGCUGUUUCUCGCUAGGAUCGUGCCUCUCGCUCCACCUGGUGCUCCCUGGCGAUGACCAGGCGCCGUCUUUGUCGCACCAGAGGCGCAUUAUUUGAAUCGCAUUACUUACAUAAACAACCUAUAUGCUAUAUAUGUCCGGUGGCAUUGUAUAAAUAGGUUUAUCGCCGCUUGGGUUAAUCCGCCAUUCAUUUUAGUGGAACUAGUGUUACUAGUGAUAACCGCCAAGUGGGUCCAUGCAUUCCUCCAGCUGAUACCGUGGACAUAACAUGCUAGUGGCCUGGCUGCUGGCACUUCUUCUGGCCCGUCUUGUGGCCUGGCUGAUCCAGUUGGCGGUUAAGGAGGUGCGACAUCCGUUGCGCGGAAUAGUCCCACAUGUCUCCAACAUCCCAGUGGUGGGAUCUGCCUGGCAGAUGCGCUCCUUUCAGCCGGACAAUUUACAUGCAAAGUUUGCAGAAUAUUGCCAGCGAUUUGGUCGCAGCUUCAUGGGCACUGUCUUCGGACACUGUGUGGUGGUCACUGCCGAGCCGCAGUACGUGGAUGCACUGCUUCACAGCCAACAGCACCUGAGGAAGGGGACGCUGUACGGCGCCCUGCGCGGCUGGCUGGGGAAUGGACUGCUCCUCAGUCGUGGCGAAGACUGGCGCACGAUGCGAAAAAUCAUAACGCCCACGUUUCACUUCAGCAUCUUGGAGCAGUUCGUGGAGGUCUUUGACAGACAGAGCCGGGUUCUGGUGCAGCAGUUGGAGCCUCUGGCGGACGGCCAGCAAGUGGUGAACAUCUAUCCCUAUGCAGGAUUGGCGGCUCUCGACAUCAUCAUGGAAACAGCCAUGGGCGUACGAGUGGAGGCGCAAAAGGAUGCCGAUUCCAAGGUGGUUCGCGCCGUGAAAGACCUCACCAACAUCCUGGCCAUUCGUUUCAUGCGGCCACAUCUCUUGCCCCUCUUCCUUUUCCGCUGGUUCUGGCCCAGUGGCUACAAGAACCAAAUCGAGGGCGUCCAGUGUCUUCAUCAGUUCACCGACACCGUCAUUGAGCAGCGAAGGAAGCUGCUGGAGGAUCAUCCGGACGAUGCCGAGACGGGGAAGCACCAUGCCCUCCUGGACACACUGCUGCGUGCCACUUGCGACGGGAAACCCCUAACGGACCGACAAAUCCGGGACGAGGUCAACACUUUCAUCUUUGAGGGCCAUGACACCACCACCUCGGCAGCUUCCUUCUGCUUGUAUCUGCUCUCCCGGCAUGCGGACGUGCAGCAGAGACUGUUCGAGGAGCUGAGAGAACACUAUGGCCAGGAUAUGGAGCAGCGAGUGGUCUACGGGGAUUUCGCCGUCUUGCCUUAUUUGAAUUGCGUCGUCAAGGAGGCGCUGCGUCUGUAUCCGCCCAUUCCAGCUGUGGCCCGGUUUCUGGAAAAAGAUUUGAUGAUAGAUGGUGGUCAUAUUCCCGCCAGAACCAAUGUGGUUGUCCUGCUGUGGCAGCUCCUGCGCGACGACAAACUCUUUCCGGAUCCCCUCAGCUUCCGUCCGGAACGACAUUUGGAUGUGGAGACAUCCAAUCUGGCGGCCUACAGCUAUAUACCCUUCUCGGCGGGUCCCAGGAACUGCAUUGGCCAGAAGUUUGCUCUCCUGGAGAUGAAGACCAUGGUGAUACAGCUCCUCAGGCACUACCAGUUGCUCAAUCUUGGCGUGGAUGUGGAGCCCUCCAUUAAGAUUGUGCUAAGAUCCCGCACUGGUGUCAAUUUUGGGCUUCGAAGGCGGGAUUACUGAUAUUUUAAGUUUAUUUUGGUUGAGUUUUGACCGGCGAUAACAAAUCAAAAGUUAUCGAUAUCGAAAAAGCUCUGCCUUUCUGUCGCAAAAGACCGUUAUUUUUUAAAAAUCAGCCUUUGUUUGUAGAUUAAUGAAAUAUGUAUUAAUAAAGUCAUCUCAGUCAUAAAAAG